CAUUUUAUAUGUGAGAAAACUGAGUAAGAUUAAAUGAUUUGGAAGGGAUUAUAGUUAGUAAUUUGAUUGGAAUUUAAAUCUUCCUGUCUCCAAGUCUAGUUCUCUAUCCAAUAUACCACUUAGUUGCUUUCAUGUUUGUUAUCCAUUUAACAUUUUCUAUUUUUAAGGAUAAGAAUAGAUGAUUUUUUACAUUAAUUAUAUAUGCAAAGUUGCUUUGAAUGCUUUGAAAAUAAAAUGGGGAUUAGGAAUUAAAACUGAAUUUACCAAGAAUGUCAUGCUAAAAUAUCUUCACUUUCUUAUUUGAUAAAGUUACUUUAGCCAUAUCCAUUCAUAAAUGAAUAUGUAAUAUAUCUUGAUUUCAACAAGGGACUUAGCAAAGUCAAAGUCUCUUAUGGUAUUUUUGCAGAAAAAAAUGGAGAAAUGUUACUGUUAGUUAAAUGUUAAGCAACUGAACCUAAAGUUUUGAUUUUUAAGAAUGUCAAUCUGGAAGUAGCUUCUAGUGUCAUUUCAGAGAACCCUCUACUCAACUCUAUCAUGUUCAAAGUUUUUAAUUGCUUGAAUGAAGACAAAUAUUUCACAUUUUCAGAUAACAUAAACCUGAAACAGACAAAUAUAUUGGAUAAGAGAAUAAAGACUCAAAAAAAAAACAACAAAAAAAAAAAAAAACAAAACAAAGAUCUUGGCAGUUGGGAACAAUGAACCUGAGUAAAAAAGAUCUCAUUGAAGAGGUACAAAUUAUACUUUUGCAUUUAAGUUUAAAACAUCAGUUUCACAGGUAAAGAAUAGGUGAGAUGACCUAAAAAUGCUUAUAAAAAUAUUCGGAAGAUUUUAGCUAAUUGCAAACUCAAUGAAAACCAACAAUAUGAUGAAUUUGUCAAAAAAUUUGUGUAAUUUUAGUAAAUGUAGACUACAAUAAUGAAUGUAUUAGUCCUCCUCUGCUCUUUGUGGGUUAGAUCUUAGCAACUUAACUUUCCAAGUUAUUAGUUUGUCUUUCAGAAUGAAAAUGGAAGAGAAGAAGUGAGGAAGAUGAUCAUGUCUAGCUAGUGUAACUCUCAGCAUCUAAGAUGGUACCACAACCGAGGAUAUGAACAAAGCAACUUAUUUUCUUAACAACUGCUCAUUUAUAUCUUAGUUAUCUUCAUUUUUACCUCCUCCUAUAAAAUGAAGAUAACUGUAGCAUUUAUAGGGUUUUUGAAAAGAUCAUAUGAGUCAGAUAUGUAAUGUACUACAUUAUAUCUAUUGCAGCCAGCAUCUAAGUGGCACAAUGGACUAAGUGGUACAAUGGUAUAGAGUAUUGGUCCUGAAGUCAGGAAAAUCUGGAUUCAAAUCCUCAGAUACUUUUUAGCUGUAGGUAGAUCACUUAACCUAUCCUCCUUAGUUUCUUCAAUAAUAAAAAGGAAAUAAUAAUAGUACUGACCGCCUCUGUAAUCACAAGGAUUUAAUAAAUUAAUAUUUGUAAAGUCCUAAGCACAGUACCUGGCAUAUAGUUGGUGCCUAAUAAAUGCUUAUUUCCUUCCUUUGCAAAUAUUGAUAUACAUGCUAAAUAAUAGUAGUAAUAAUAAUACAUAUUACAUAUGUUAGAUAUAAUAGACUGAUUUCUAUUUAUUAGUUGAAAGAUUAUGGGAAAAAGUCAAUCCUUUUGAACUUCAUUUCUCAGUUCUAAAAUGGAGAUAUCAAUACUUACACUAUGUAUCUUACACAGUUAUGGAAAAAUGUGCAAAAGUCAUAUACUUUAUAAAUAUGAGAGUGUUAUUACUAUUGAUGAUUAAUAUAUGGGUACUUUCACAUUUUACAUUCCCUCCUCUUUCCAAGCUUUAGAGGAAUACUUGUUUAACAUGCUUAUAGUACCUGACCUGUAGUUAAUUCAAAUACACCAAUUUUUCUGCAAUAAAACUACUCUGUAUGGAAUAUGAAAAACACUGCUUUGUAUUUACAUCAAUGAACAUUUACUGGGAAAGAGUGUAUGUUAUUAUGAGAGCUAUCACACUAAAAUAAUAAAAGACAUUUAAGGCAUAAAAAUGUUAAUGUGUGGAAGAAUAGAAUAUGAUGGCUUAAGGGCUUUUAAUAUUUUUUGGGAGGAGAAAUGAGUAGGAAGCUCAGGCCAAGUUGUUUUCUUGUAUAAAGAAAGUUUCCUUAUAUGUUGUUUGCUCAAUAUAUAAGUAAAGGUCAUGUGAAAUAAAAAAAAAAAAAAUCUCUAUGUUGAAGACAAUCUAAAGGCGCAUGUCUUUAAUCUGGCUGUAGCCAUCUCAGCCAGAAAUGAGACUCUGUCUAAUCAGUCUUGCAUCAGUUCCUAGUUACGCAUAUAAAGAGCCGAGGGAGAGAAGAUUCACUGUUCCUUGUUCAGCACGCCAACUCUGGACGGCUCCCGGAGUGACUGUUCAUCUUCCCUAGCCUCCCAUAUUAUAGUCUUCUACUUUGCCGCUAAAGCUGAAAACUCAAUCUUGGCCACUAGUUCGCUGGUUCCCCCUGCUGAAGAGAAAGGAAAUUACACAGAUUCCCCAUGCAACCCGCCAUGAUGAUGUUUUCCAGUAAAUAUUGGGCAAGGAGGGGGCUUUCUUUGGACUCAGCAGUGCCUGGAGAGCAUCAGCUACUCGACGACUUAACACUGAACAGAGCAAAUGAUAAGAAAGGCAAUAAAGGCAGUGGUAAGAAUGAAGCUUCUGGGGAAAGUGAAAAGACCGCAGUCGUGUUUUCUCUGAAAAAUGAAGUUGGUGAAUUGGUAAAAGCCUUAAGACUGUUUCAGGAAAAGCAUGUGAACAUGGUCCACAUCGAAUCUAGGAAAUCCCGGCGAAGAAGUUCUGAAGUAGAAAUCUUCGUAGACUGUGAUUGUAGUAAAAAAGAAUUUAAUGAGCUCAUUCAGUUGCUGAAAUUUCAAACCACCAUUGUGACCUUGAAUCCACCAGAGAAUAUUUGGACAAAGGAGGAAGACCUAGAGGAUGUCUUGUGGUUUCCCCGGAAGAUUGCUGAAUUAGACAAAUGUUCUCACCGAGUUCUCAUGUAUGGUUCAGAGCUGGAUGCAGAUCACCCAGGAUUUAAGGACAAUGUCUAUCGACAGAGAAGAAAGUAUUUCGUGGAUGUGGCUAUGAGUUAUAAAUAUGGUCAACCCAUUCCCAGAGUGGACUAUACGGAAGAAGAGACUAGAACUUGGGGAGUUGUAUUCAGAGAGCUCACCAAACUCUAUCCUACUCAUGCUUGUCAAGAGUAUUUGAAAAACCUCCCUUUGUUGACAAAAUACUGUGGCUACAGAGAAGACAAUGUGCCCCAACUUGAAGAUGUCUCCAUCUUUUUGAAAGAAAGAUCUGGCUUUACUGUGAGACCAGUGGCUGGGUACCUAUCUCCUCGAGACUUUCUAGCUGGAUUGGCUUAUAGAGUAUUCCAUUGUACUCAGUAUGUUAGACAUGGCUCUGAUCCACUUUAUACUCCAGAACCAGAUACAUGUCAUGAACUCCUGGGUCAUGUUCCCCUACUUGCUGAUCCUAAGUUCGCUCAGUUCUCACAAGAAAUAGGACUGGCCUCCCUGGGAGCUUCUGAUGAAGAUGUUCAGAAGCUUGCUACGUGUUACUUCUUUACUAUUGAGUUUGGACUUUGCAAACAAGAAGGGCAGCUUCGAGCCUAUGGAGCAGGGCUCCUUUCUUCCAUUGGAGAAUUAAAGCAUGCACUGUCUGACAAGGCAUGUGUGAAAGCAUUUGACCCAAAGACAACUUGCUUGCAGGAAUGCCUUAUCACUACUUUUCAGGAAGCCUACUUUGUUUCUGAAAGUUUUGAAGAAGCAAAAGAAAAAAUGAGAGACUUUGCCAAGUCGAUAACUCGCCCCUUCUCUGUGUACUUCAAUCCUUAUACACAGAGUGUUGAAAUACUGAAGGAUACCAGGAGUAUUGAGAAUGUGGUCCAGGACCUCCGAAGUGAUCUGAAUACAGUAUGUGAUGCUUUAAGUAAGAUGAACAAAUAUUUGGGCAUUUGAGGCCAGGUUUUGCCAGCCUCAUCUUUCAGUCAUUCAAUAGCAAAUGAAUCUACUUCAUAUUAUGCUAUUCCUUCUGUAGAAAACCUCUAUGUGCUAAAUCUUGGCUAGUUAUCUGAAUCAUUGUGUAUCUACAUAAUUGCAAUUGCAGAUCAAAUAAAAUUAUGCUACUGUGUGAAGAAUAUAAUAAUAGACAAUCAUUGUAUAUGUCAUAAAGAGAUUAAAAGUAUUCAAAGUCUAAA